UCUGCCAUCCUCUCUGCCUCAUAGCAAGCAGCUUUAACGGAAGUGCGUCGUAGCGAGCAGCUUUUGUUGCGCUCGCUCGCCCGUUGCUCACUGAACCGGCCCUGCACAACUGGGCGCCCAACGAUUUACAGCAGAUAAUUAUCUGCAGAAGUCAACAAACGUUGGCACGCAUCAAAAUUGUGUUAUAAUUGAAUAAUUUAACAAAUAUGAAAUCGCCGCAGUUGGCUGACUGCAAUCAAAUGCCGUCCACUUAGUUAGUCGCUGACCAACAUUGGGCACAAUUGGCAGCAUGUUGCUGGAGGAGUUCUGCGUGAAGGUCUAUUGGUGGCCAUUUCUCUCGUAUUUGGCCAGCAUCAAGGGACUGUGUCCGCUGUAUCCGACAGGUUACUAUCCCAUCUAUCCGCUGCCACCGCCGCCGCCACCACCGCCUCCGCCACAGCCAGUUACACUAAUUCCAUUCCCGUCGUCCACGUCCGCAGUGAUACCGACGUUUCAACCCACGCCGCCGCCUCUAACGAUGCCACCGUUCCCACCACCGCUCACCACAACAACCACAACGACCACGUCGACAUCGUCCACGUCAUCGACGACAACAAGUGCUGCCACCACGACGACGAGCACAGCAGGCACAACGUUGCCAGUACCCACCACGUGCCCAACGCAACCUUUUGUUUGCCUGCCCGGUGGCGUGCCUCCGUUGCCCAAUUGUCCCUGCAUCGAUCCUCGCCAGCAGCAGCAGCAACCACAGCAGUUAAGAGCCACCGUUGGCUCGGAUAUGAUGAUAUUUGUGCCGCUGAAUCCAGGUCGACGUCGCCGUCGUCGGCCCCAGCAACAGAGCUGCUAUGAUGCACGUUCCCGCUCCGGGAGCUGUGUCCCUCUCACCUCCUGCUCCCAACUGCUUGAGCAGGUGCAGACAGGCGCAUCCAGCGAGUUCCAAACAUUUUUGGGUCAAUCCAUUUGUGGCUUUGAUGGCUCCAGUUUUCUGGUUUGUUGUGCCGAGCAGCGUGCGCCGCUGAUUAGCCGCAGUCCCAAGGAAUAUGUGCCGCCCACUAGCUCAUCACUGGGUGCCUUUCAAUUUUCCCCAUUAGGUGUUCCAACUAUACAGAGUCCGCAGUCCACGCCGAUGGUUUUUCAGCCCACGCCGCCGCUUAAUCAAGGUGCGUUGGUCAUCAGACCAACUCCAGCUUUGCCAGCUCCAGGUUUCCCUUCAGCUUCCCCCUCCGGAAACAGCGUUUGCGGUAUUGUCGGUGCAACCACAAAUCGUGUGGUGGGCGGUUUGCCGGUCCGAAAAGGAGCUUAUCCCUGGAUGGCCGCUCUUGGUUACUACGAUGAAAACAAUCGCAGUGCACUGAAGUUUCUCUGCGCUGGCAGCUUAAUCAGCGCCCAGUUUGUGAUCACCUCGGCGCACUGCAUCAAUCCCACUCUGACUCUGGUUAGACUUGGUGCCCAUGAUCUGACCAAGGCUGCUGAGCAGGGUGCCAUUGAUUAUCGCAUCAGGCGUAGCAUUGUGCAUGAGAACUUUGAUUUGGCUUCCAUUGCGAAUGAUAUUGCGUUGAUCGAGCUGAACAGCGAGGCGCCAUCUAACGGCGACAUUCGACCCAUUUGCUUGCCCGAGGGCAAUAAUUUUCAACGCGAAGAUGCAUUUGUUGGCAUGCAUCCGUUUGUGGCAGGUUAUGGGGCAACUAAACAUCAGGGCGCCACAUCGAAUGUGCUACGCGAUGCUCAGGUGCCGAUUGUGUCGCGUCAGAGCUGCGAACAGAACUAUAAAUCUGUUUUUCAGUUUGUCCAGUUCAGCGACAAGUUGAUUUGCGCCGGCAGCUCCACUGUGGACGCCUGUCAGGGAGACUCCGGUGGACCACUUAUGAUGCCUCAGCUCGAUGGAGGCGGCUAUCGUUUUUACUUGCUGGGCAUUGUCUCCUUUGGAUAUGAGUGCGCCAAACCAGGAUUUCCUGGAGUCUAUACGAGAGUCAGCAGUUACUUGGGCUGGAUCCACAAUAAAUUGCACUCCCAAAGGGGCAAAAGGCGCUGAUCCCAUUCCAAUCUAUCUUUUAACCAUACACACAUUUAAUAUUUUCUACUUAAUAAAGAAAAUCAAAUUUAAUUGAAUUGUAUUCAAAUUUAUUAUAAAUUCACCACAAACUAACUCAACUAUAUAACAUAAGUUUAAGAGGUUCAAAGAAUGCUGUUGAAUUUCUUGUAAUUAAAUUAAAUUAUUAUCAGAAGAAAUUCAUUUAAUAAUAUUAUAUAUCAUCUCCCGUACCUUAAUGU